GAGCAAACACUAAUCGUCAAAAUCAAGCCCAGUGGUGUACAUGAAUUAGUGAGUCGGGGAUUUUCGGUGGAAUUGUGGGCCAAGGUAAUCAGAAUGGGGCUACGUCAGGCUCUUAAUCUGGUUGGCGGUACUACCUUUCAGGGAAUUCAGAGCUGGAAAGAAGCGGACUGCGCCUACAAACCUAAUACCUUUCGCCCCUACGAAAAUGAUUGGCCAACCUUGGUCAUUGAAUGCGGAGUAUCAGAAUCCCUCAAUCGCCUGAGGGUAGAGUCUCGCUGGUGGCUAGAGAACUCGGUGGAGGGCGUCAACAUUGUCCUCCUCUUUUCGAUCUCCAAAAAGGCAAGAAGCAUACACAUCGAGAAAUGGGAAAUGGCCACCCACUCAAGCCCACAUGUCGCUCAGGCUGGCCUUAGUCAUUUGAUAGGAACACCUACAAAAAUCCAGGAAGUUGAUAUCAGCGGGCCUGUUGUUCCUACUGACGAAUCAGCGGGUACUACACCAAUCGUUACCGGAGCUCCCUUGGAGCUCGAUUUCACCAAAAUUUUCCUUCGCCAGCCUGUCCAAGGCUGCAGUGAAGGCAGUAUUAUCUUCACUGAACAGGAGCUU